AUGGAUGAAUCAUCGACUACUGGUGAAGCAGGUGAUGAAAGUUUUGAAGAUGUUAGUCCUGUGACCAAUAAUACGAACAAUUCACGUGAUGUUGACAAUGUACCGAAUACUGUUGAUGAUGAAAUAACCAAUUAUGAACCUGAUGUAACCGAUGAUGAAAAUUUAUUAAGUGGUGAAGAAUCUGAUAUGUCUCAUGAUUCAAGUCAGAUGUCGGAUUUAAUUAAUGACAAUUGGAAAGAAGGUGUCGUUGAAGAUGUUCCAUCAAUUACUUGUGUGGAACAGUACACUGAAUUAAAUGGAAUCAAUUUAGGUCAUAUCUCACGUGGGUCUUCAUUGAAUGCGAUAGCUCGAUGUUUAGUUUGUGCUGCAUACGCUGAAACAGCAUCAUUCAAUGAUUUGGCUGCAGGAGAAUUUGCUCUUCUUUUGGGUAUGAUUAAUUAA